GGGGAGGGUCAUGGGAUGGUUCCCGCCCUUCUUGUCCAUAUACGGUCCUUCCUCACCGUAUACGGAUUCUCUGCCGCCGGGUGCUUCGUCGUCGACCGGCAAAAAGUAGACACGAGACAUCAGACCGCUCCGAAGCCAGCGCUCAUCUAACAGCUCAGAGAUGCCAUCCGACCUAGCCAAGAAGAAGGCGCAGAAGAAGAAGGAGGCUGCCAAGGCCCGCAAUAGACCCAAGAAGGCCGAUGAGCUGGACGGCGAAGGAGACGGAGAGGCGGCAGAGGGCCAUACGAAUGGAACUGACAGCGUCAUGGACGGCCUGUGCAAGCAUAUAGACGAGUGUGAGCUGAAGAAGGCCGAGUUCCGUGCCACCACAGGCGUGCUGUCCUCCCACCCCAACAGCACUGAUGUCCACAUCAGCAGCAUGUCUCUCACCUUCCACGGCCAGGAGCUGCUGUCAGACACCACCCUGGAGCUGAACUCUGGGCGUCGCUACGGCCUCAUCGGCCUCAACGGCACAGGAAAGUCGAUGUUGCUGUCCUCCAUCGGCAUGCGUGAGGUUCCCAUCCCAGAGCAUAUCGACAUCUACCACCUGACCCGCGAGAUGUCUCCCAGCGAGAAGACGGCCCUGCAAUGUGUGAUGGAGGUGGAUGAGCAGAGGAUCAUGCUGGAGAAGGAGGCUGAGAGGCUGGCCAGCGAGGACUCUGAGUGUGAGAAGCUGAUGGUGCUGUACGAGCGUCUGGAGGAGUUGGACGCGGACAAGGCUGCUGUGCGCGCCUCCCGUAUCCUCCACGGCCUGGGCUUCACCGCCGCCAUGCAGAACCAGAAACUCAAGGACUUCAGUGGAGGCUGGAGGAUGAGAGUCGCUCUCGCAAGAGCUCUGUUCAUCAAGCCCUUCAUGUUGUUGCUGGAUGAGCCGACCAACCAUCUGGACCUGGAUGCCUGCGUGUGGCUGGAGGAGGAGCUCAAGACGUUCAAACGUAUCCUGGUGCUCAUAUCCCACUCCCAGGACUUCCUCAACGGUGUGUGCACCAACAUCAUGCACCUGAACCAGAGGAAACUCAAAUACUACACCGGUAACUACGACCAGUACAUGAAGACCAGGGAGGAGCUGGAGGAGAACCAGAUGAAGCGCUUCAACUGGGAGCAGGACCAGAUAACACACAUGAAGAACUACAUCGCCCGGUUUGGUCACGGCUCUGCCAAACUGGCCCGGCAAGCCCAGAGUAAAGAGAAGACCCUGCAGAAGAUGGUGGCCUCCGGCUUGACUGAGAAGGUGGUCAGCGACAAGACGCUGUCAUUUAGUUUUCCUGCCUGUGGGACAAUCCCUCCUCCUGUAAUUAUGGUUCAGAACGUGAGCUUCAGAUACAGUGACAACUCGCCACACAUUUAUAAGAACCUGGAGUUUGGUAUCGACCUGGACACACGGGUGGCCCUGGUGGGACCCAACGGCGCGGGGAAGUCCACCCUGCUCAAGCUCCUCAUGGGAGAGCUGCUUCCCACAGAUGGGAUGAUCCGGAAAAACUCCCAUGUGAAGAUCGGCAGGUACCAUCAGCAUCUUACAGAACAGCUGGAGCUGGACCUGUCUCCUCUGGACUACAUGAUGAAGUGCUACCCAGACUUCAAAGAGCGGGAGGAGAUGAGGAAGAUCAUCGGACGCUACGGCCUCACGGGCAAGCAGCAGACGAGCCCAAUCGAGAACCUGUCGGAUGGCCAGAAGUGCCGUGUGUCCUUCGCCUGGCUGGCCAUGCAGAACCCCCACCUGCUCUUCCUGGACGAGCCUACCAAUCACUUGGACAUCGAGACCAUCGACGCCCUCGCAGACGCCAUCAACGACUUCGAAGGAGGCACCAUGCUGGUUAGCCACGACUUCAGGCUUAUUCAGCAGGUGGCUCAGGAGAUCUGGGUGUGUGAGAAGCAGACCAUCACCAAGUGGAACAGGGACAUUCUGGCCUACAAGGAGCACCUCAAGUCCAAUAUUGAGAAGCAACAGCAUGAUAUCUAACACGUCUCCGUCCCCCACAACACCACCAUCAUAUCCACUAGCCUCGCCCACCCGUGGUGCAUCAUGGGUGGGCGGUGCUGCGCCUGUGCUGGGCCGGGUCGAUGUUUCAGUACUGUAAAAGAAGCAUCGUGAUCACGGGCACGUCUGUCAUACAUCCUAAUAUUACCCUUUCAGUUCGACAUGGGACUUCCACACCUCAAGCUGCACUAUGGUUCUGGUUCACCAGAAGCAUCGCAGUGCAUUUUGGAACACAUUCCAUUGUGCUGUCCUCAUAGAAAAUGAUUGGUUUUCCCUGAAGUAUGGAGUGGCUUUAAGGUCAUUUAAUGAUAUUUAAAAGUCUUCUUUUUAUUAUUUUUUCUUCGAUGAAACGGCAGUUUCUCUGAUGAAACGGCCUUAUUUAACAUUGUAAAUGAUGCAAUAAAGGUUUGUCUGAAAUAAAAACGUAACAGAAUUUGCAAUUGGACACUAUGUUCAGUUAAUGGAUUCUUGAAUCAACACAUCCGAUUUAAAUGCAGACUUUAUUCAUUCCACAUUAUGCUCUAUUUGUAAGUGUACCCAAACAGUGGUCGCAUCCAAAAAUAACCAUU